CCUUUACUGACGCACUGUGGUGCCUUCAGAGGGGCUCAAGUGUGAGGCGGCUGUGUUCAGAGUCACACCUGGGAGAGCGCCACCUGGCUGUGAUGUGGAGGAUGGAUUCGAAGAGUGGCCGUUCCGGCAGCAGCGCCCCCUGUGUGCCAGCCCAAGGGGGCCACUAACGGGCACUACGCCACCCCACGCCUCUCCAUCUCCUCCCGAGCCACGGUGGUAGCCAGGAUGGAAGGCGCCUCCCAGGGGGGCUUGCAGACCGUCAUGAAGUGGAAAACAGUCGUCGCAAUCUUUGUGGUCGUGGUGGUAUACCUCGUCACCGGCGGUCUGGUCUUUCGAGCAUUGGAGCAGCCCUUCGAGAGCAGCCAGAAGAAUACCAUUGCCUUGGAGAAGGCGGAGUUCCUGCGGGAUCAUAUCUGCGUGAGCCCACAGGAGCUGGAGACGCUGAUCCAGGUGCCACAUAAGGCAACAGAGAAACAGAUUAUCUCACCGAGUACACAGAUCAUCGGAGAAAAGCCACAGACAGUUAGCGGUCCCCUGUGGGUCAUCAUUCAUCCCACUGUAGUGCUAAAGCUCACGAUGCAUGCCCUUGACGCUGACAACGCAGGAGUAAGUCCGAUAGGAAACUCUUCCAACAACAGCAGUCACUGGGACCUUGGAAGUGCCUUUUUCUUUGCUGGGACUGUCAUCACCACCAUAGGGUAUGGGAAUAUUGCUCCAAGCACCGAGGGAGGCAAAAUCUUUUGUAUUUUAUAUGCCAUCUUUGGAAUUCCGCUCUUUGGUUUCUUAUUGGCUGGAAUUGGAGACCAACUUGGAACCAUCUUUGGGAAGAGCAUUGCAAGAGUGGAGAAGGUCUUUCGAAAAAAGCAAGUGAGCCAGACCAAGAUCCGGGUCAUCUCAACCAUCCUGUUCAUCUUGGCCGGCUGUAUUGUAUUUGUGACGAUUCCCGCUGUCAUUUUCAAAUAUAUCGAGGGGUGGACCACCUUGGAGUCCAUUUACUUUGUGGUGGUCACCCUCACCACGGUGGGCUUUGGUGAUUUUGUGGCAGGGGGAAACGCCGGCAUCAAUUACCGGGAGUGGUAUAAGCCCCUAGUGUGGUUUUGGAUCCUUGUUGGCCUGGCCUACUUUGCAGCUGUCCUCAGUAUGAUCGGAGACUGGCUACGGGUUCUAUCCAAGAAGACAAAGGAAGAGGUCGGUGAAAUCAAGGCCCACGCGGCCGAGUGGAAGGCCAACGUGACGGCCGAGUUCCGAGAGACGCGGCGGCGGCUCAGCGUGGAGAUCCACGACAAGCUGCAGCGGGCGGCCACCAUCCGCAGCAUGGAGCGCCGGCGCCUGGGCCUGGACCAAAGGGCCCACUCGCUGGACAUGCUCUCCCCAGAGAAGCGCUCUGUCUUCGCCGCUCUGGACACGGGCCGCUUCAAGGCCUCAUCCCAGGAGAGCAUCAACAACCGGCCCAACAACCUGCGCCUCAAGGGUUCCGAGCAGCUGAACAAACACGGGCAGGGGGCCUCCGAGGACAACAUCAUCAACAAGUUUGGGUCCACCUCCAAACUCACCAAGAGGAAAAACAAGGACCUCAAAAAGACCUUGCCCGAGGACGUUCACAAAAUCUACAAGACCUUCCGGAAUUACUCCCUGGACGAAGAGAAGAAGGAGGAGGAGACGGAGAAGAUGUGUAACUCGGACCACUCCAGCACCGCCAUGCUGACCGAGUGCGUCCAGCAGCAGGCCGGGAUGGAGAACGGAAUGGUCCCCACGGACACCAAAGACAGGGAACUUGAGAACAAUGCAUUACUUGAAGACAGAAACUAAAUGCUGAGGACCUAGGACUUGACCAAGCGUUUUGUGUGUGUGUGUGUGUGUGGUUUUUUUUUUUAUAUUCACCCUGAGACACGUGCCUUAAACAGACUUCUCGUUAGUCCGAAAUUACAUAGCAUUGAAGACUAUAUUUCACUGUGCCAUAAACGAUGGAGAAAGAUCGCUCUGCCAAAAGGAAUCAAAGAAUAACGACCGCACUUCCGACAGGAACCGCGGGACAUGCCGGGAGUGUUCGCACACGCAAGAGGUCGUGGCCACAAAAGUUAAGGGCAGGUGUGGGACGGCGCUGUGCCCCCAGUGUGGCGCCGCCCAGGCCUGGCGUGGAGAAAGGGCAGCUAUUCCUUAGACCAGCCUUCUGGCAGGAACAGGAGUGUCUUUUACAUGGAGCCUCGUUUCCUGACCCUACCGUUAGAGAUAUGCACACACACAGAAGGGAACCGGAUGGGGGAUGAACUAGUACCUGCAAUGAGGGUUCGAGCUGACAUUGUGGCAUGUUGCUCUGAGCUUGAAUUUUGAUACACAUCCUUCAGUGCACACCUAGUCUUUCUAAGCUCCAAAUGAGUGUCCAUGGGACCCGGGAGCAUGUGGAAUUUGUGGGAAACAGAUCAGAGCACACGUAUUAAAAGGUGCAAUUGCUUUCCUCAUUACAAAAGAAAAAAAAAAUCACAAAUGCAUCACACUGUGGAUAUCACCUUAACCAAUGACAGAAGCCUACUGAAUUUUGUCUAUCGACAAAUGACAAAUGAACUUGCAAGCAUUGGCGAAAACUCAACCUCAUUCGCUGCAUGGUUACAGGCAAAAAUCAUGCAUUUUCCUCAGUGGGUGCAGUGGUGAAAAUAAACUGGUUUUGAAAUGUCCAUGUUCACUUUUCUAGUGGAACUUCGGUUAUAACUUGUUUUGAUAAGAGGGGGAAAAAAUACCAAAAUGAUUGCCUUGCAUGAUGCCAGUGGCUUGCUGUUCUGUCUAGCUGAUCCUAAAUUUUUAUAAAAAUAGACAUCCUGCAUGUCUGAGACAUACCAAGGAGGACCAUGGCAUCAUUCCAUCUCAGGGCUUUUUGUCCCUUUGGGUGUCUUACGGUAGACAUAGUGACGAGGUCCAAUCUUGCUAUCUCCAAACAAAAGAAAAAAAUCCCCCAACCAACUCUUGUACAAGAAAAUUGAAUUGUUUUAAUUGCUUGCAGCUUAAGUGCCAUUAAUGCCAUUUAAAAACUAAUGCUUAAAAGAAGUAUUUACAACAUUCCACUUUUAUGUUUGGGUGUUCCUUAUUUUGAAAGCAUCACUUCUUUUCCUUGCUUGUUUCUUUGUCUCGAACCUGCUAUUCCCUAAAAUUGGAAGACCAGCAUGAUUGUUCCAAGGCCAACAAUAGCAACACUAUUGUUUCAGGAGGUUAGAACGGUCAGUGAAGGAAAGUGGGGGAGGGGCUAGUCAAGUUUGGAGAAGAUUUUAAAUGGAUUUUUUAAUCAGAGAGGGCAAAAUAGGUGCUAGGCUCACCAUCCUGUGUGUGCCUCAGUCCCUUGCAUAAUUGGCUGGCUAUCGAUGGUUCAGACGUAGCUGUUUGGACCACGCUCUUAAGCAUAUGGACCUGGCAACCCCAGGAAGUUGCUAGUGAUGCCCCCCCCACCACCCGGGCUCAGCGCCACCUUUUGGAGAUUUCACAAGAUGAACACACAGAGCGGAUUUAUCGAAAGAUCACAAGACUAGCAGAGACUUCCUGAAAUAAUCUAACGCUUUCUGACUUCUGGGGAAAAUUAUACCCACCACAUCCUUGACCGGUGGUACCAGGGCAGACCUCUUCCUGCCCGUUUCCCAAAAAUGCACAGCUCUCCCUCGCCUGGAGCGCACGUGGCUCCGCCUUCCCUUCCCCCAACCUCCUAGGCUCUAGCGAGAGUUCUGGCAUUGCUUUUGAGAAGGAGCCAAAUAAGAAUCAGCUUUCACGAGGCCCUUCCUGUCCACUGUAGAUUUGGUUUAACACCUCCACUGGGCUGGAACCAUGGCUCACUGGUGACAUCCUGUGUCCACAUAUUAACAGACGCGACAUAUUAACAGACGCGGAAACGAUGUUUAUGCAGGUGCGGGCACUGCUCUUACUGUGAGAGUCUUUCCAGCCUGACAAGAUGUGUUUUGAGUGGUAGAUAUCUGGGACUUUCUCUAUUCUUCUGACAAGUUAAAAGCAUCCCGAUUAAACUAUCCAUUGAUCUCAUUCGUUUGCGUUUCCGCCCUGUAUUACUCGUUACCUUCUUUAUAGUCAUGUGUUAAAAAUUCUAGACCCUACAGACAAAUCUGGCCGAGGGGCUUCCUUGUUAUUUAUCCAGUGGUUUCCCUGGGCCAAGCACUAGAUCAGGCACUUUAUGGGUGUUAGCUCACUGAAACCUCAUAGCAGCCCUCUACGGGAAGUGUUGGCAAACCCAUUACACAGAUGAGGACAUGGAGGCUCAGGGAAGCUGAGUAACUUACCCAAUGGCACACAGCAAGAAGGUGGUAGAGCUGGUAUUCAAAGGCUGUCUGACCAAAGUCUGCUUUUGACUUUGCUAUAAUGUCCAUGUCAUGCACUCUUGUGCGUGUGUGUGUGGUAUGUGUAUGUGUGUGUUUGUGUGCAUGUGUGUCUUUUUAGUUUCAUGGACACGACAUACAGAGGUGGGGAGAAGAUCUCUAUUACCAAGAGGGUAUGAAGUCUUUGUGUAAACAUGACCUAAAGUGUUACCCUUACAGACAAUUAUACCUUAUUUCGGUUUGGGUUUUGGGAAUGCUGUAUGGCGCCCUUUCUGUAUUGUUAAAAAUGUCCUUUGAAAGCACUCUUUUGCACUUUACUUGCUUACCUUGCAGGAACUCCGUAUACAGCAGGAAUAAAACAAUUCAAAGCACUAAGCUGCACAUUCUACCAAAUGGAACAGGUGGUGUGUGCAUAGACGCUUCCCCAAAGGAGUCAAAUCACAGUAAUACAGAGGAAUCAAAAAUAGCCCUUGGCUGAGAGUGGGAAAAUAUCCAACAUAACCUGUUCCCUGAGUACAGAGGGGGCCAAAGCCCUGACGAAUGAAAUCCAAGAAGAGCCCUCCCUCUAUGGAGAUUGAUCCAUUAAAUAUGUGGGAAGUAUUGGACAAACUAUAACAUACUCUCCAAAGGAGAAGCUGAGAAGGAAUACGAGCUUGGACUCCUCUUAGUGUGUACAAGCUAAGAUUUGGGGGGAGUCCAGUUGUUAUGAAGUUGUGUGAAUGGUACCCUUUUAAGAUGGGGCCAAAUAACACGUAGCAAAUAGCACGUGGCAAAGCUGCUGCAAAUUCUAAACGCACAUCAGCACAGCCCUGCCCCUAUACACACAUCCGCACCCUGCCAUAAACCUGGAAUCAAUGCCUUGAUUUUGCGCACGGGAAGAGCACAUGUUCCGUAUCUUCAGUGGGUGGUGGUGUCUCUUGCUUCACCUGGUAAUUGGGUACCCAUUUUUUUCUUCCCUAAUAGAUCUGGAGGUUUACUGGGGACAGCUGGGGGACCAUUUGGAGACUGUAGCUCCAUACCCAGUCCUAACCCAAUAGUGAACUUAGAAACUUACCACUUUUGGGGUAGGGCCCUGAUAUGUGUGUGGCUAGGAGUGUCCCUGGCCUACAGGUGAGGCAACAGGGACUAUUUGUCCGUGCUUCCCUGUCCCAGCCUGUGAGCGUGGGCACCUCGGUCCCUAAGCUUCUCUGUUACCUCAUCGGCACACCAAGGGGGUUGAACACAGAUAAUCAUCAAGGUCCCUUUUAGUUCUGCAAUUCUCUGACCAAAUCUCCCCUGGUCUAUGAGUUUGUGAAAUUCAUUAAGAACGGUAUUAGCUGGGUUUGUGUAUACUGACUAGCGGGCCCCCUCAUUUUAGGCUAAGAGGAGAGCUUAGUCUCCUGCCCUUUGGGAUUUGCUUUCUGGUAAUUAAUGGAGACCAGAUGUAUUUGGGAGCCUGGUGUCCAAAUUAGAAUCAUGCCCUGUGUAGGCUCACACUAUGUUCCCUUACAGCACACGGUCACCCAGAGGGCUCAGGCUACAC